AUAGCUUGAUUUAGAGUUGCGCGAUUUCAGUCUAACUUUGUCCACUCACAGAGACGCCGAACCUCAACACGUAAACGCAAGGGCACUUAAACCACUGCUUCGGAAUUUCUCUUUUUAUUUAUUAAUCACUUAUACUUGACUUUGACAAAAAUAUAGGGACACCCCGCCCCUACACCAACACAAUGUGGGGGACCCAUAGGAGCCGGUACCGGAGUUGCUCCGGAGCCAGGGAGGAGCCCGAGAUCGUGGUGAACAUCGGCGGGCUGAAACAGGUGUUCUGCCGGGACGUUCUCAACCGCUUCCCGGACACUCGCCUGGCAGAGCUAGGGAACUCGGUGUCCCCCCUCCCCACGGAGGACAUCUCCUCCCUGUGCGAUGACUAUGACCCUGAAAAAGGAGAGUUUUAUUUCGACAGGGAUCCGGACGCCUUCAAGUGCAUAUCGGAGCUUUAUUAUUACGGUGAGAUUCACGUCAAGCGAGGCAUCUGCCCCAUCUGCUUUAUGAAAGAGAUGGACUUUUGGAAAAUUGACUCGGAUUUCCUGGAUGAGUGCUGCAAGAGCCACUUGAAGGAGGUGGAAGACGAGCUGGAGGAGAUCGCUGAGAAAGUGAGGACCAUCCUGGUGGACCGGGAUGGAGACCCGAGCGUCAGUGGUUGGCAGCGCUUCCAGACGUGUGUGUGGAGGCUGAUGGAGAAGCCCGAGUCAUCCUUGGCUGCUCACAUCAUCGCCAUCCUCUCCUUCGUCUUUAUCCUGGUCUCCUCCGUGGUUAUGUGCGUCAGCACAAUACCGGACCUGCAGGUGGAGGACGAGGAGGGGAACCUCAUGGAGAACCCCACCUUGGAGUGCAUCGAGACGGUGUGCAUCGGCUGGUUCACCAUCGAGUACGUGCUGCGCCUGCUCUCGUCCCCGAACAAAGUCAAGUUUGCGCUGGCCUUCAUGAACGUGGUGGAUUUCAUGGCCAUCAUGCCCUUCUUCGUGGUGCUCCUCCUCACCUCGCUGGGCGCCGGCGUGAUGGAGCUGGCCAACGUGCAGCAGGCAGUGCAGGCCUUACGCAUCAUGCGCAUCGCCCGCAUCUUCAAGUUGGCGCGCCACUCGUCGGGACUCCAGACCCUCACCAGCGCCCUGAAGAGCAGCCUGAAGGAGUUGGGCCUGCUCCUCAUGUACAUGGGCGUCGGGGUGUUCCUCUUCUCGGCGCUGGGCUACACCGUGGAGCAGCACCACCCGGAGACCUUGUUCACCAGCAUCCCGCAGUCAUUCUGGUGGGCCGUGAUCACCAUGACCACGGUGGGCUACGGCGACGUGUACCCCAAGACCACCUUGGGCCGUUGCAACGCCGCCAUCAGCUUCCUGUGCGGCGUGAUUGCCAUCGCCUUGCCCAUCCAUCCCAUCAUCAACAAUUUUGUCCUGUUCUACAAUAAGCAGCAGGUUCUGGAGACGGCCGCCAAGCACGAGAUCGAACUGAUGGCGCUGCGCUCCGAUCAAGAUGGCGGCGGGAAACACGUGUGUGGGGUACUGCUGAAGAGCCCCCGCAAGGCUAACCGGGACCCCGACCUCCACGCUAGCCUUGAGAAAACAUCAGAAAACAAACAUUGUACGGUUCUCUGAACAGUUCCUCACAUGGACAGAAUGGCAAAGCAUGUCAAAAUGCAGCUCUGGAAAAAAAUAAUAAUUAAAAAAAAAAAAAAAAGAGACCACAACAAAACGAUCAUUUUCUCUGAUUUUGCGAUGUAGCGGUACAAUGGAACCUCGGAUGGUAAUUUAUUCCAUACCGCGACCAAACCGAAACAUAAGAUAAUUUCAAGGAAUGGAAAUGCAGCUAAUCCAUUCCAGCUCAGAGUGUGGUUAAAAAAUAAGUAGAAUAUGUAACAACAACAACAAAAAACUAGCAUAGCUUUUAACCUGGUUAUAAAAGUAUUUACACUAGCUAGCUUCAGUUUUGUUAGCAGCUCAUUCCAUUCCAUUCCAUUUAGCAUAGUUAAGUGUAUUUUUAUUUUUUGGGAGACCAUAAAGCCUCACUAACACUAUUAACAGCAAUCUCCAGUGGCCAAAGGUAAACCCCGGGCAGACAUUUUACGGCUGGAGUCUUGCUUGAGACUGCUAGCUAGCUGUCGUUACGUUCGGCAGAGGUGACCGCUUAGCGCCUCACUGCAAGGCUUUUAUUUUUACUUCUUUCCGCUUUAAUACAGCCGUAAGUAUUGAAAGAAGCGCUUUACAAAUGUGAUUUCUAAUCAUUGUUAUUAUGAACCACUGAUUGAUUUCGCUAAUCUAUGCAGCUCAAUCACAACCGUGAACGCCUCGCUCAUAUUUAGUACCACUAUCAGUGGUACUGCUCGCUCAGCAGCAGUACCCAAAAAUUAUACGUCGUAGGGUUCACUCAGAAGCAGUUUUGAAGGCAUUGAAUGGAUUUGAAGGAAAGUCAACUAUUGACCCGAUUAGCUGUGCCUUUGUGAUUCCCUUCAGGCAGAUGGAUUGUGAAAACUGACUUGAAUUGUGACUGAACAGCUGCAUGUACAAUGGAUAUAAAAAGUUUAUUCACCCCCGUUCAAAUGCCAGCUUUUUGUGAUAUUAAAAAUUAGACCAAGAUAUAUCAUUUCACAUUUUUUUCUUCCACCAUCUAUCACGUGUACAAGACAACUGA